AUGGCCGGCCCGCUGGCGGACGGAGCGGCGCGGUUCGGCGCAGGCUGCUGGGCGAAUCAGACCUGGGAACAUUGUUGUGCUGCCAAAUCAGAGUAUGGCACUGGCCAUGGCAGCUGCUUUGGAAGCCUCCAUCGUUACAAGGCAUGCUGUGAGCCCAGCCAGGUGCCACGUGAUAUCUUCCGAUGCCAAGAUCGGGGCAAAGUGUGGUCAGAGCUACGGACAGGAAUCAUUUAUGCAAGGGUCUUCCACGAGCUUCCAGACUCCGAGUCCUUGAGGUGGCGCGCAGGGGAGUGCUUCAUCGGUGCUUUGAUGGCAUCCCUGGUCUUCCUCGCCUAUGCAGGUGCGAAAAGAAGCUCGGAGAAAAUCCUCCAGCAGGGCUGGCACCUGGCUGAGGAGCUCUUCUCCAUCCUUCUCAGGAGCCCCAUCACCAUCGAUGAGCUCUUGCUGUCUGGAUGGCAUCUAGGUGCCAUCCUCCUCUUCUUGCGAACUUUGCCUUCUGUGGAGCAGAUUGCAGGUCCAUGGGCUCCUGAACCCUCGGUGGCAUCCGAGUUCGUGCUGCUUCGACAGCUGGAGGCUUUGCCCAUGGCUGCCAGCAUCCGAGUGCAGCAGGACCUGACCUUCGAGCUGAUGGAUGAUCCAAAGUCGAUCAGUCGCGAGUUGGCCUAUGUGAUCUCCACCUGGUCGGCGGCCUAUGGUGCGCUACUGGAGCUGUGGCGUCACAGCUGGGCGGAGGUCGGCGAGAUGGUCAAGCUGCUGAGACGGGGCGAAGCGAAGUUGAAGGACGUCAUCCAAGGUACUUCGCCCUUGAAGCAACUGCUGCAGCCUCCUCCAUUCCUUCUGCAUUUGUUGCAGGCCUUGCAUUUGUAUCCUGUGGUCCAAGCAGACGUCUCGGCCACCCUGGAGCUGUAUCCUCCGUUCUUCCAUCGGGCCUCACCUCAUACAUGGCGAGGUAGCCGCCACAGGAGGAGCAUCCCGCCACUGGAACUUCAUCCGAUGCCCAUGGACGAUGGUUUGAGUAAUGCCAACAGGGCCACUCGUUUGCCGUUCUGCUUUGAGCCCAUGUACUACUCUACGUUCGCUCUCCUCUCCCAGUGGCAACUCUCGGCCGAGCUGACCUCACCCGAAGCGCGUGACGCCCCACCCUUCCUGCGGGUCUGGGAGAUUGGAGCCAACAUGGGCGACUGCAGCCUUUUAGCCCUUCACCUUGUUUCGUCCUGGGGUUCCAGUACGCAGCCGCGGCCUUUAGUGACGCUGGAAGCGACCCUCUUCGAACCCAUCGCGGAUGCCGUCGUCUCGGCCAACGCAGCAGUCAGCGCCUUCCUUCAACGCCAGCGGGCUCAGACGACGAAACUGCCGCAGAUCUUCGUGCGGCCGCUGGCGCUGGGGCCGAAGGUGAGCCCUAAGGAGAUCAACCUCCGCCGGGGCUCCACGGCCGAAGCCUCCUUCUUGGGUUGCCAUGGCUUUCAGGGCGAAUGCGAGGUGCAGCAGGUUUGGAUGGAAACCUUGGACCACCUGCUGCAGGGUGGUGACGUGGUGGACAUCAUCAAAAUUCAUGUGCAAGGCAGCGAAUUGGAAGUCCUUCGAGGUGCUCAGGAGUCCUUAUCCGAAGGCCGGAUUUGCCUGGUGCACGUGAUGAGCAGCGCAGUGCGCAUCGGCCAGUUCGCGGAAGUCUCGACAGAACAGGUGAUUCGAUCGUUCAUGGAGAUUUUUCGCCACCACCAUGCCGUGGCUUCAGAUGGCAUCCACGUCAUGCCCUUGGCGGCGGUUCCUGCACGCCUGCAGAAGGACCGGAACUACUUUGUGACCGCUUGGCACGAGGGUCCGCUGUGCCGAGAUCGACCAUCCAUCCAAGCAGCGCAGCAUCUAUGGGGCCAUGUGCUUGCACCAGCAGAUGCGGAGAUGAGAAAAAAGAAAAGUUGGAGGAUUAAUAAACCCUCCCCAUUUGGAGUGAAAACCCUCUUUAUAUGGGGUGUUGAAUGA